GGAAACAACAUCUGUGCCUCUCUUUCUGUACAAGUCAUUAAUUGGGGACUGCUGAGUUUAAGCGUUAGAUCCUCGCUAUACAUUUGAGGACACCACAUCCAUAAAUAUCCGGACGGAGAACUAAGGAGCCCUAACCUGCAGCUACUGACUACACCUGAGGAGAAGGCAUCACUGAGAUAUCGCCAUGUCAGGUGAUGAAGCAAAUACCACCGACACCACCGUGUAUGAUUAUUCAUUUUAUAAUGACGGGGCUGUGGGAGAGUUUAUUCCUUGCAGCUACGACCAUGUGGGAAAUUUUGGCAGGGUGUUUCUGCCCACUCUCUAUAGUUUGGUUUUCAUCUUCGGCUUCAUAGGUAACGGCCUAGUGGUGUGUGUCCUAGUGAAGCACAGAAACCAAACCAACUUGACAGACAUCUGCCUUUUCAACCUGGCACUCUCCGACCUCUUCUUCGUCCUCACGCUGCCUUUCUACUCUCACUACUCCGUGGUCAGCGAAUGGACUUUCGGAGGCUUCAUGUGCAGCUCCAUCGCCGGUUUGCACAACAUCGGGUUCUUCAGCAGCAUCUUCUUCAUGGUUGCCAUGACGCUGGAUCGCUAUGUCGUCAUCAUGCACGCGCACACCGUGGCACGAUAUCGCACCUUGAGGAAAGGCAUCGCUCUGACCGUGUUCGUCUGGAUGCUCAGUUUGAGUGUUUCCCUACCGGCUUUCAUCUUCACAAAGGUAACAAACGAGUCCGGCGUGGUGAGUUGUGCCUACCUCCCGGAUAACGAUGGCUGGGAGACUUACAACCUCUUCGCAACAAACAUGCUGGGUCUCGUGAUUCCCUUGUUGGUGAUGGUAGUUUGCUACUCCAGGAUCAUCCCCACCCUGGUGAACAUGAGGACUGCAAAGAAGCACCGCGUUGUCAAGCUGAUCUUGACCAUAGUGGUUGUCUUUUUCUUGUUCUGGGCCCCAUAUAACAUUUGCCUUUUCUUGAGGUUUCUGAAAUCUAAAGGUAAAUUGUUGCUUGAUUGCAAAAAGGAAGGGCAGUUAAUGGUGUCAGUAACAGUGACUGAGGCCUUUGCCUACACUCACUGCUGCCUGAACCCCAUCAUAUACGCCUUUGUGGGGCAGAAGUUUAUGAAACGAGCUGUGCACCUGCUGAGCAAAUUGGUGCCCGGGAGUCACUUCAAAGAUUUGUCAGACAGCUCAUUCAGGAAGAGCUCAGUCAUGUCUAGGUCCUCGGAGGUCACCUCCACUUUCAUCAAGUAGGAGGUGGAAGUCAGAGUAAUGUGUUUUUAUGGACAUCACCUGCAGAGCCUGGCAUGUUUUUAUCCUGGUAGCCUUGUUGUUACUGCCAGCCAUUGUAUAUUUACUUGUCACUUGCAGUUACCAGAAAGUGUUAUUCAUCAGCAAUGUCCUGUACCUGUACAUGUCAUUAUCUGUAGACGUUUUUGAUUUCAUUUGUUCCUUGAAUUUCUGCUGGAAUACAGUGUUUUGUUCUGACCACAAUUCAAGUGUGACCUGAUAAGCAUCAUCUUCUGUAUGUUAUAAUGCCCCUCCUUUUUCCUGCUGACAUUGGAGAAAAUAUAGUCACACUUCAAGUCGUACAUUUUGACUGAAAGCAUGACUUGUUUCCAACAGCUGGUAACCACAGAGUUUGUUUGUCUGUGCCUAAUGUGUUUAAACACACAAAGUUUAAAACUUUUUUCCUUUUUCACACAUUGGUUGAUGAGCUUGCAAGUUGGUGAAAAUAGCAUUCAUACCAUAUGGAAAAGCUACCUUUUUUUAAAGAGACAAAAUGCUAUUUUAUAACAUGGAAUUGUUUUUAUUGCUUUGAUUGUGGAAAAGG